AUGGUGUCAAGCUCCCAGUCCUCCCCCUUCUCGCUCAAGCACCUUCUGGUGACGGCUCUCGUCGCGUUCGCUGCCACCAGCACCGAGGCGGCGGGGGCCAAGAACGCCACUGCGGGGGCCGACAACCACGCCACCUUCGGCAAGAUCACGUCGGGCAACAACAAGUGCAUCACCGGUGACCCGACCUCGGGCGUGACCCGCAAGGACGUGGACUGGGUCUGGGAGAACACCAUGUCCAAGUACGUGCCCGACUUCAAGAACUUCAUCUUCGAUCAGAUCAUCGCCGGCAAGGGCCACCUCGACUACUGCGUGCGCUGGGACCCCAAGAACCGGAAGCUCACCAAGGCCACGGCCGCCAAGUUCCGCACCAUGCUCGAGCGGCAGAUCAACGUCUGGAACCGCUGGGUGGCCGGCUACGACUGCUGGCCGUACGACAAGAUCACCGUCUCGGUCGUGGGCUUCGCCGUGCACGACAAGUCUAUCCUGGACUGGGACGAUGACUCGCUCGGCACGAUCUACGAGGGUCUCCUGGACGGCGAGGGCAGCCCCAAGUGCCCCGAUGAGUGCUACAAGCACCAGGGGCAGGUCGCCAACGCCGACACGAGCGGCUGCCAGGGCAAGUCCUUCGACAUGUCGCUGUGGCCGUCCGAGAGGCCUGGCACUGACGACGGCUCACCGACCCUCGAUGCGGACGCUGUCGGCACGGGUGGUGACUGGGGCCAGCGCGUCUGGGUCAUCGACAUGCUCAACAAGAUCGACGAACCCGAGAUGGACGUGAUUCUGCACGAAAUGGGCCACGGCUACGGCUUGCCGGAGAUGUACGUGGCCGAGAACAAGCCCGCCAGCUACCCCGCCUGCGUCAUGGACGAGAGCGAGAAGAUCACGGACGGCGACGGCUGGCUGGUGCGCAGCAUCUGGGAGCACAUCAAGUCUCGCUACAACUUUUAA